AUCGCGCCGGCUGCGCAAGAGCAGCCCCGCUGUGAGAUAAUAUUUAGUGUAGGAUUUUAUUUUCCAAUAAUAUGUGUAAUGUGUAACCCACGGUAACUGACAGUUCGCUCUUGCGGUGGGUGCAACCACGCUCGCCCGUGUCCUUCUCGGCACGCGUUAACUACUUUCUUUCUCACAUAUACUAUCCAUCAGUGUGUUUUUGUUAUUGUGUACUUUUUAAUUGUUUUACUGUUCUGUACAUUAAAAAAAAAAAAUGUAAAUCAAAUUGUUCCUACAGUAUUGCAUCAGGAUUACUAUCAAUAAAUCUAAAACAGAAGAAUACGAGGACAGUUUCGAAGCAAUGGAAGAGAUAAUAAGGCAGCAGUGAUACUAUAAGAACGUGGAUAACGAUUUUUUUUCAUCAGUAGUUUGUGGAAAAAAAAAACUUAUCAACCGCGAUGGAGUCUCGUCCACAUCACGGUGAUAAUUCUCAACUGGACAGAUAGAACGUGGAAAUUGAAAUCGAUCCAACGGGAAACGUUAAAGGAUAAAGGGAGUUGUAGUUAAGGUUGAAGAAAGGUAGUAGUGGUGGUGCUGGUGAUCGAGGUGGAGAUUGGAGAAGAAAAAUAAUAAUAAGAGCAAGGUGAGACUGAGAGAAGAAAUAAGUGAACGAGACGAAAGAAGUUAAGAUAAGAACGGAAAGAUGGGCAAGUGUUGCAGCAAGAGGCAAGAGCCUCAGCCAAUUGUGUAUAAGAAAACUGAAGCUGCAUUAACUUCAAAACAUAGUAAUGGAGGUUCUUUGGAUAGAUACACAGCAGAUCCUAAUCAAAGAGGAGUUCAAGCUCGCGCUGAUAUUAUCCGGCCUAGGCAGACACCUUGUAAGACACAGAUUCCACAUCAACCUCGUAAAACAAGUUCGCCUGUCGUUUUACCUGCAUCUCAUUCACAGAGAACGAAUAAAAUAGUGGUAGCACUUUAUAACUACACUGCAAGAGAGAGUACAGACGUGAGUUUUGUAAAAGGCGAUCAGAUGGAAGUUCUAGACGACUCUGAACCCGACUGGUGGCGAGUAUUACAUUUGAGAACCCUUCAGGAGGGACUUAUACCUUGGAACUUUGUAGCAGUUGAACGUUCAGUCGAGAGUGAAGACUGGUUUUUUGAGAAUGUGUCGAGAAAAGAGGCUGGUAAAUUACUCUUGGUGGAUGAAAAUCCAAGGGGAACCUUUUUAGUAAGACCAAGUGAACAUAAUCCACGCGGAUACAGUCUCAGUGUUAAAGACUGGGAAGAAGGACGGGGUCAUCAUGUCAAACAUUAUAAGAUUAAACCUUUGGACAAUGGUGGCUUCUUUAUUGCCACUAAUCAAACCUUCCCCACACUACCGGCUCUUGUAAUGGCCUACAGCAAAAAUGCACUUGGCCUAUGUCACGUACUGUCGAAACCAUGUCCAAAACCACAGCCCGACAUGUGGGACCUUGGACCAGAGUUACGUGACAAAUGGGAGAUUAAUCGUAGUGAGAUACAGCUGAUACGUAAGCUCGGACAUGGUAAUUUCGGUGAGGUUUAUUAUGGCAAGUGGCGCAACAAGAUUGAAGUUGCCGUAAAAACGUUGAGACCCGGUACAAUGUCAACAGAAGCAUUCCUCCAGGAAGCAGCAAUAAUGAAACAAUUUAGGCACAGACAUUUAGUCGCACUGUAUGCCGUAUGCUCCAAAGAAGAACCUAUUUAUAUUGUUCAAGAGUACAUGUGUAAUGGAAGUCUUUUAGACUUUCUGAGAACUGGUGACGGUAAAUAUAUGCAAUUUGAGGACCUCAUUUAUAUAGCAGCUCAAGUCGCUUCGGGUAUGGAACAUUUAGAAAGCAAACAACUUAUACAUCGGGAUCUUGCUGCUCGGAAUGUUCUUAUUGGUGAAAAAAAUAAAGCUAAAAUAUGUGAUUUUGGCCUUGCAAGGAUUAUUGAAGAUGACGAGUAUUGCCCAAAGCAAGGUAGUAGAUUCCCUGUUAAGUGGACUGCGCCAGAAGCUAUUGUUUACGGCAGAUUCAGCAUUAAAAGUGACGUUUGGUCUUAUGGAAUAUUGCUUAUGGAACUUUUUACAUAUGGACAGGUUCCUUAUCCAGGUAUGCAUGGCCGUGAAGUUAUUGAACAAGUGGACAAAGGAUACCGAAUGCCUAAGCCAGCGAAUCAGCCAUUACCAGACAGCAUUUACCGUCUUAUGUUGCAAUGUUGGGACGCAUGUCCAGAGAAACGACCUACCUUUGAAUUCCUCAAUCAUUAUUUUGAAUCAUUUAAUGUGACAAGUGAAAUACCAUACCUUGAACCGCCAACAGACUGAUACACGGCCCAUCAUCAUUUAGAGGGCCACGUUACGCAGCAUGGCCACGUUAUGCCGCCGCAUGGUCAUUACCAUCCGGCUUAUCUUAAUUGUGCCAUGGAAUUUUACGGGAUUUACUGUUAAAAAUAAAAAACUACCCCUACUACUCCUUAUACACUAAAUUAAUGCGCAUUAAUCUUCUUCUAAGAUGCGCAAUCUUUUUACUUUUUAUCAAAAAUGUAAUAUGGAAGAAAAAAUCAUUCCAAACACUGCCAGAAUUUUGCCAAUGAUAUAUUUAUUGAAUCAUACCGUUUGUCAUUGCCUGUACACAGGCACUUUUUUAAAAGAAAAAUAAAUAAUAAUAAUCUCUAUGUCAAACGGUGAUCUUUGUGUGCCAUAAACUCACUUAGAGUCUUCGGAAAUUUAAAAACAUUCAAGAAAAUACUCAAGUCUUCUUUAUUUAAACUUUUUUUUGUAGUUUACAAUCAAGUAAAUUUGGCACUAUAAAUUUUUUAUCGUCUCUGACGAUAAUGGAUGACUGAAAAAAAAAUAAAAAUAAAAAUAAAAAAAAAAAAAAAAAUUAAAAAAAAUUAAAAAAAGAGAAGAAAUUUUUGUAAGAUUAAAAUUAAUGAAAAAUUUAAAGACUUGAAUACAAAUAACUUGUAAUUUUAAAUAGACGUUCGUAGAGUAGUGUUUUGUAAAAUGACGUCUAUAAAUUUAAAUUUAAAAUUGACUUUUCGAAAAUAACAAACAUAAUAAAUUAGACUUAAUUACUUACAGGACUGGCAAAAAAAAAAUAUUUACUCUAGAAACAUCGAUUUCCAAUCAAAUAAUAUUAUUUUUAAAUGUGAAAAAAAAUGUCUCCAUCAAAUGAAUUAAAAAAAAAAAACGCAACUUUUUCUCCAUCGAACUAAUAAAUUUUUUUAGCACAAAUUCAUUUGUAAAAAUUAAAACGAGAGCGAAACCAUGUCAGGCGAUUAUUUGUGAUUACGUGUGUGCUUUUUUUUUUAUUUACUAUUACAUAUUAUUUAAUUAUUUACAUGUACAUUAUAAGUUGUAUUUAAUUACUGCAAUUAUUUUAUUUCCUAAUCUCUUAUUUAUCACGAAUAUUCGCUGUGAUCUUUAUAUAUAUAUAUAUAUAUAUUUUUUUUUCAUUUCUCAAAUGGGAAAUCAAGUCAAUUCCCAAUUUAUAAAAUGCACCAUUACCCACUUCAUUGCCGAUUUAAUUCGCGUAAAAAAAACUUCAUUUUAUUUUUUUCGUUUGAUUAAACUUCGAGAUUAAGAUUAAGUCACAAUUUUAUUAUACUCUUACUCAACCUCAUUGAUUUAAAUCGCUUAAUUAAAUAAUGUCAGUGAGUUGAUACAAAUUUUCUUUUUUUACAUUGAACCAUUUAUAUAAAUCUUAUAUUAUUUAUUAGUUUUACAAUAAAAAUUAUCAGUGUAUACUCAUGUCCGACUGUAAAAAAUAUAUUUAUAAAUAUACAUAUAUUAAUAUAUUUUUUUCAUUAGAUCUGAUGAAGAUCUGAAAAUCUGAUAAUAUGGGUCGUCGAAAAAUAUAAAAUAAAAAAUAAUUACAGGUAUGCGUUGAAAGUCAAUGAGAGAGUGUUUAAAAAUUUCUUGAGUGAAUGUGACUUACAUUUUAUGUCCUUGAAAGCUGGAGAUUAUAUUACAAUUUGCGAUUUAAAUUCAAUAAAUAAACAUAUGACGGAGAGAUAAAGAUGAAAUUUAAAUGAAGGAAAAAGAAAAUGGAAAAAAAAAAUUAGAGGAUUUAAUUAUAAGGUAAUCGUAAGUCAUCGAUAUUAAUCGUACAAAAAACUAAAAGAAAAAAAGAAAAUCUGUAAAUUUUACACUUUAAGAUAAAAAGACAGUAAUUUUAUUUUAAGUAGAUGUUAAUAUAUAAUUGAAAAAAAUUAAAUAUAUAAUUAAUUAAUUAGAUUUCGACGUAUAAUUACGAACGUGUAAUUUCGAUUUACCUUAUUAUUAAAAAGAAAUAAUUAUUAUCCAGGAAAAAAAAUAUUGAUAUAACGAAUGGA